AUGAGCAAAAAAUUAAUCGCAAUUAUUUUUGUUCUUUUGGUUUUAACCUCAUCCGUAACUGUAGCCGGUCCAUUAUGUCAAACUGCUUGUAAUAUAGGAUGGGUUAAAUGCUAUGCUGCCUUAGGAUUUAUAGCGGGUACUGUGACCGGCGGAACAGGCGCACCACUUGUCGUACAUGCAUGCAAUAUUGCACAAGGUGCAUUUGUAGAUUAUUCAACUACAGAACUAGACACUUAA